AAAUUACACAAGGUUUGUUUUGUGAUGUAAACAUGGACCCAGCCAGAAAUGGAGAAGUGGCUGAAAGAGGAAGAAGAGUGGCUGGGAGGGGGCGAGGAAUACGUAUGCGUGGUGGAAGAAGAAUAAGAGGAAGAUCAAGAGCUGUAGUGGCAGAUGAGAUCAGAGCUACUGUAAUUGAUCAUGUAGUAAAUCAUGGUCACUCAAUGAGAGAGGCUGGUCAGAGAGUGCAGCCAAAUCUGCAACGCUCUACAGUGGCAUCUAUUGUUAGAGUUUUCCGGCAAACCAACAGGACUCAAAGGUUACCUCACACAGGAGGGAGAGGAUGGAUGUUCACUGAUGUGCAGGAAACUGCCAUUGUUGAUAUGGUCAUCAGAAACAAUGGGAUAAAACUCACUGAAAUUAGACACAGAGUCUUGGCAGACAACGUUACUUUCGCAAAUAUUCACAGUGUAAGCAUAACAACAAUUUCUAGAGUCCUGAAAAACCAUCAGGUCAGGAUGAAACAGUUGUACACUGUGCCUUUUGAGAGGAACUCUGAACAUGUCAAGCAACUCAGGAACCAGUAUGUCCAGAGAGUCAUGGAGAUUGAAGGCAGGCAAACACACCACAUUUUCAUCUUUGUGGAUGAGGCAGGUUUCAACUUGGCCAAAGCACAGCGACGAGGGAGGAAUGUGAUUGGGAAGAGAGCCACAGUGAAUGUCCCGGGCCAGAGGGGUGCCAACAUCACAAUGUGCGCAGCAAUAUCCACUGAUGGACUACUGUUACAGACCACUAAUUGGGCCAUACAACACUGAACGGCUCCUUGCGUUCCUGCAUGAUCUCUAUGGAAGGGUUGUGCUAGGUGAGGAAAGGGAUGCGGAGAGAAGGAAUCAGCCAACAUUUAUAAUUGUAUGGGACAAUGUGGCAUUUCAUCACUCCCGUGCAGUCACCGAGUGGUUUGCAGCCCAUCCCAGAAUGGAGUCUCUUUUCCUCCCACCUUACUCUCCAUUCCUCAACCCCAUAGAGGAAUUCUUUUCCUCAUGGCGGUGGAAGGUUUACGACCAUCAUCCACAUGAUCAAAUGUCCCUCCUGGAUGCAAUGAAUGCUGGAUGCCUGGAGAUAUCAGCAGAAGAUUACCAGGGAUGGAUCAGGCAUGCCAGAAGAUUCUUUCCUAGGUGUAUUGCCCUAGAUGACAUAAGAUGUGAUGUGGAUGAGAACCUGUGGCCAAAUGGAGAAGACCGAGUAGAUUAGCAUUACUAUCAGUGGAUGGUGUGUAUACAAAUUCUUGUAUUUUGGGAUUACUUAGUGCAAAAAAAUAAAAAUACAUAAACAAAUAUUAACGAAUUCUGCGUGAUGUCUGAUUCAUUCCAGUAACAUAUAUUGAAAUUAUGAACAGAGAUGUGUCCUUGUUUUACACAAGGAAACACUGUGUAAUGCUACAUGUUGUUAGUGUUUUUUAGGUCAUUGUUUUGUGGGUGACAAAGUGUGUUUGUUGGCUGUCAACCUUUGCUAGUGUUCUGGAAGAAUGAGUUUAUUUGAGACCUGAAUAAAGUGUUUUGGUAGUUCUAGUGCAUUUUGAAUGUGAAAUGAACUGCUUUGCCAAGCUGAGGGUCAGUUAGGAGAAUUGUGUGAAGAGUUUUGCAAAAGUGACCUAAGUAUUG